CUGAAAUACGAUUGGUAAAACGAACUCGAACAAGCCCCGCCCAACUCUUCAGCUCACAUAUAAAAAGCACGCUCUCAACGCCUCUGAAAUUCAUUUAAGAUAUUCGGAAAAAAUCUGUUGAAGCUGUGAAAAAUAGGGAUACAUUCUGUAAUCAUGUGAACGACGUUUUACUCUCAAACUCUACUAAAAAAAAGUUGUUUUGGACGUUGUAGCUAAUAAAAAUAGAAUAAUAGUGAGAAAGAAAGAAAGAAAGAAAGAGAUAUAGAGGACCAUCAUGGCAGGGAGAGGCAGGGGAGUAGCAGCCUUUACCUUCAACAUAGAGGCCCUGGGGCUCAACAGAGGAUCCAUGCCUGAAACCCAGAGAGGCCCACGACCCAUGUUCCCUGAAGUCGAGUUCAAACCUGUGCCUCUAAAGGCUGGUGAGGCUGAAGACUACAUGUUGGCUCUGAAACAAGAGAUCAGAGGGAAAAUGAAAGGCCUGCCUUUCAACAUAAAGCCCCGCUCCAGCAAGAACAACGUUGAAAAGUACAAGGAAAAAUACGUCAAGGAAUAUAGUAAAAUUGGUGAUGAAGAAUGGACACCAGACUGGAACCGUCUUCCAAAGGAGCUCAUGCCCCAGAAGAAGAAAAUCAUAAGAAAAACUGGUGCAUGCACUUCAUUUACAUGUGUACAUUUUUGUCAGAUGUUACGGAACUGGAGAAGAAAGGGGAUGAUAAAUCAGACGAGGAGAAAGAGGAAAGUGGCAAAAAGAAGGCUGGUGAAGAGGAUGAAGAGGAAGUUGAAGGAGAGGAGUUUGAUGAAGAAGAGCUUGAGGAGGAGAAUGACUACAUUGCAAGCUACUUUGAAGAUGGUGAUGAUUACGGAGCUGGCAGUGAUGACAAUAUGGAUGAAGCCACAUACUGACUUGUAUUCUUCAUCAUUUUCUGUAUUCUGUUCUUUAAAAGAGACUUAUAUCUAUGUUCUGUGCAAUUGUGUAUUAAAGUACAAACAAGAUUUGGAGAUUCAGGUACUAAAAUAUAGUUCAUUUAUUUUCAAACUGCAACUACGGUCUAUAGGCCGAAGGCACAUACUGCUCAAAUUCCUUGUUGAACAAAAAUGUCAUGGUCAAGAGAAAACAUUUACAAUAUGAAUUUCCAUUUAAGUAAUUAAGAAACAGUUCAAAUCACUGACCCUUUUUGCACCUGGUCACUUAAUGGGACUAGUAUCUGGAUUGAAUCCUAAUUAAAUUGAUUUAAUAUUAGCUGCAUGUGAGUAUACUUGGUAGUCAAAUGUGUCUCCGGUUAGUCAGACUACAAUCUGACUGCUUUGGGAGAUGAAAUUAUGCAAAUUUACAAAUUUACAUAUUGGGAGGAGUUGUGGUGGUCAAAUGUCAAUGUCUCAGACCACCUCUUGAAGCAGAUUCAUUUUAGUUAUUUGUUUUAAAUGCAUAUUGGGUGUGUUUACACUUCUAUUUUUCCAUGGCUGCUUGGCUUUAUAUAAUCCAGAUAUAAUCCUGAUCCUCAAAGUGCAUUAAGUGAUCAGGUGUAAACAGGGUUUGCUGUGUACUGGCACAAGUUAAAUAAGGAUUUCAAAAUUGCAGCUGGCAGACAAAAGUUUCGAGCAAACAAAGAACAAAACAGCAACAUCAAUACUGAUUUUUGUUUCUGUAACUAUGCCCAUAUUCUAGAAUAAAUUAGUGUGUACGCAUGUAUCCCUGA